CUACUCUCUCGUUUUCCUUCCUUCCCUCUGUCUCUCUUCUCUUCCUCCCUUAUUUCUUUCCUCUAGUUCACUUCUUCCUCCCUUCUCUAUCUCCACUACCUUUCUUCCUUUUCCCGGUUUCUCCUCCCUGUCCACUAUCUCUUGUUCACCUUCCUCUCCUCUUACACUAUUUUGCGUUUUCCUCUACUUUUUUCUCAUUUUCCACUUUUUCUCCUGUUCCUCUGUCUCUGUCUCCUUCUCCUCUUCCUCCUGCUCUGUAUCUCAAUUCUGCCUCUUAUUUCAUUUCAUAUUUCUUUUUCUCUUCUUUUCUUUCUGUUCUCUUCCUCCAAUCCCCACUCUCAUUUUCCUUCUUUACAUCUCUCUGUCCUCUUUCUCCAUACCUCUUUCUCCUUUUUUUAUCCUCUCUUUUCUCUACCUCCCUUCUGUCUUUUCCCUUCCUCUCUCUUUCUUUCUCCUGUUUUCUCCCACCUAUUUUUUCUCUUCUUCUCUCUGCUCUUCUUCUAUUCAGUUUUCCUCCCUAUUCCUCAUUUUCCAUUUCUCUGCUCUUUUUUCUUCUUUUCUCUGCCUUUAUUCUACCUAUCUUCCUCCCAUCACUCUUUCCUGUCUCCUUUUGCUCCCUCUCGCUGCUAUUCUCUUUAUCCCUUCGUUUCUUUUCCUCUUCUUCCUUCCUCGUUCUCUCCUCUUCUCUGCUUCCUCAUUACCCUAAUUCCCAUCCCCAUUUCCAUCCCCACUUUUCCUCCAUUCCCAGCCUCCUUCCCAUCACCCAUGAACACGAGCUUAAUACAAGCUUCUUCCUCCCCCAGGCAAAACUCCCAUGGACUUAGCAGCGCGUCAUCCGGCUGUGAAGCAAGUCCUGCUGGCGUACAGGGACGAUCCCGAGAAGCAGAGGAAGGAGAUGAAGAAGAGGUACGACUCGAAGGUGGCGGAGGCAGCCACCCUGCAGAAGGAAAAUGGAGAGUUGAAGAAGGAGCUUCAGGAAAAGGAAAAGGAAAUCAAAUUAAUGCAGGAGCAGGUGAAGCAAGCGCAAUUGCAUCAGCAAAGGUGUGAGAGUGAGGCGAGGGAGCAUGAGGCCGAGAAGGAAGGUCUCAACCAGCAAAUUGCAGAGCUUCAGGAACGCAGUGCAAGUUUACAGUCUCGUCUGGAAGAAGAAUGGAGCAAGAAUCGAGAGCUGACGAGGCAGAUCAGAGAGAAGGAGAGCGAGCUCACACGAGCCGAGGCAGAGCACAAUGAGAGGUUGAAAAGUCUCCAAAGAGGGGAGAAGAGGAAAGAGGAAGAGGCAGACGAAGAGAGAGACGAGCUUGAGAGCGAGCUCAGGAGACGAGACAAAAGGAUCAAGGCCCUCAAGAAAAAGCUCAGAGAUCAAGAAGAGGGAAAAGAAAUGGACUCGCAACCCGAAGAGGAAGACAGCGAGCUAAAGCGAAUGAAGAGGCAGUUAAGAGAGCAAGAACAGAAAAUGAAAUACGUUCUUUCUGCGGUGGAAGACCUUCAUUUGAGAGGAAUGGAGCCGCCACGUGAGCCUGAGCCGACGGAAGCCGGCCAGCCCUCGGUCUCAGGCAGGAGGAGGAGGCCCCGGGGAGCAGCUGCCACGGAGGGGGCUAGGGGAGCGGCAGGCGGGAGAGACAAGCCUCGGCAAGCAGCUGGCAGCAGAGGCAAGGCUAGGAGAGCACCAGAGAGCGACGAGCCUGUGCAAGCCACAGGCAGGGCUGAGCGUCCGGAAGCAGCAGGCAGGAGGGAAGGGGCAGGGCGAAAGGCAGUCAGUAGGGCACCCGAGAGGGACGAGUCGCCACAAGACGACAGCGACGAGUCGCCACAAGACGACAGCGACGAGUCGCCACAAGACGAGAGGGACGAGUCGCCACAAGAAGACGACAGCGAAGAGUCGCCACAAGAAGACGACAGCGAAGAGUCAGAGUGAUUUCAACCAGCUUUGGAAAGAUCGUGUGUAAAUUAGCUAAUAAAUGUGUCGGGUAUA